CAUAUAGAAAAGAGAGAAGAAAAUGUCACACUUCCUUCAAUUUCUAGGGCCAAAUGUAACAUCCUUCUUGCUGCAUCCCAUUGUUUUAGCAAUCUUGGCCUUUAUCUUCAUUCUCCUAUUCAAAUGGUCCUCCACACUUCCAAACAACAACAAAAAUUCACCACCCUCACCACCAAAGCUCCCAAUCAUCGGAAACCUUCACCAACUCGGCAUGUACCCUCACCACUCACUCCGAGACUUAGCUCAACUCUAUGGCCCCCUAAUGCUGCUAAAGUUAGGCAAUGUACCAACCCUUGUUGUCUCGUCCGCCGAUGCUGCCCGAGAGAUCAUGAAGACCAAUGAUGUCAUAUUUGCAAAUCGGCCAAAAACAAGAAUGUUUGGGAAACUAACAUACGAUUACAAAGAUGUGGCAUUGGCACCUUACGGUGAGUACUGGAGGCAAACGAAAAGCAUACUUGUGCUACAUCUUUUGAGCAAUAAAAGGGUUCAGUCUUUUCGUGCUGUGAGAGGGGAGGAAAUUUCUCUACUAAUUGAGAAAAUCAAACAGUCCUAUUCUUCUUCAAGUGUGAAUUUAAGCGAAAUGUUUGCAAAGCUUACUAACGAUAUAAUAUGUAGGGUUGCCUUGGGAAGGAAGUAUGGUGAAGGGGAAAGUGGAAGGAAGUUUAAGGAGCUUAUAGGGGAGAUGAUGGAGUUGUUGGGUGUUAAUAAUAUGGGGGAUUAUAUUCCAUGGCUUGCAUGGGUGAACCGUGUCAAUGGCUUGGAUGCUAAAGCAGAACGGGUGGCUAAACAGUUUGAUGAUUUUUUGGAAGGAGUAAUUGAAGAGCACAUUAAUCAUAAAAAUAAAGGGAGUGACGACCAUAGUCUAAAAAAUGAAGACCAAAAGGACUUUGUGGAUGUAUUGCUUUGGGUUCAGAAGGAAAACAUGAUCGGUUUCCCUAUUGAUCAUAGAGUAUGCAUUAAGGCUCUAAUCCUGGAUGCAUUUAGUGCUGGCACUGACACUACGUACUCAGUGUUAGAGUGGGCAAUGACAGAGCUUUUAAGGCAUCCCAAAAUGAUGAAGAAGAUGCAGGAUGAAGUGAGAGCGAUCACUGGCAACAAAAAAGACAUAACAUUGGAUGAUUUGGAUGAAAUGCAUUACUUAAAUGCAGUGAUCAAAGAGACUCUUCGCUUGCAUCCUAUUCUUCCACUGUUAGUUCCACGAGAAUCAAGUAGAGAGGCCAAAAUACAAAGUUAUGAUAUUGCAGCAGGAACUCAAGUUUUUAUCAAUGUGUGGGCAAUUGGAAGAGACCCUGGGUUAUGGGACAAUCCAGAGGAAUUUCAUCCAGAAAGGUUCUUGAAUUCUUCUAUAGACUUUAAAGGACAUGAUUUCCAAUUGAUCCCAUUUGGAGCUGGUAGGAGAAGUUGCCCCGGAAUUUCUUUUGCCAUAACCAACAUUAAGCUUGUUUUGGCAAAGUUUGUGAAUUACUUUGAUUGGACAUUGCCUAAUGGGGCAAGAGGAGAGGAUUUGGACAUGACUGAAUCUAUUGGUUUAGCCAUUCAUAAAAAAUUUCCUCUUAUUGCAGUUGCAACUCCAUAUGUUGCCUAGUAUAUAUAGGCAAUACAGUUAGCAUUUGAAUAAUCCUUUAAGUUCAAUGUAUUUGAAUAAUCCUCUAUGUUCAACAUAUAUAGCAACAAUGUAUAAUCGUUCAGUUUGAAGUUCUCUUUUCUCUCAUUUCAUUUUGAUUGGUGAGAAUAGAACUUUAAUAUAAAUAAAAGAGUAUUGUGACCUAUUCAACAAUGUAUAA